AUGCGCCGCCGAAGCCUCGCCGCCGCCCUGCUCCUCCUGGCGGCCGCCGCGGCCCUGGCCGCCCCCGCCGCAGGGAACUCGGAGUCCUCCUGCUCCUUCCACGACCACGGCGGCCACGACGAACCGCACGAGCAUCAUCACCACGGCCACAGCUGCGGCGGCGGCGCGGACCAUGAGCACCACCAUCACCACCACGGCCACGGAGAGAUCCAGCGGCUGCUCCCGGAGGAGAUGGCGGAGGAGGCGGAUCUCGAGCUCGAGUCCUUCGGUUACGACGAGCACGACCAUGACCACCACCACCACCACCAUCACCAUGGCCACGACGACACGGAGACAUCGCCCAUGGGUGUGUGGCUGAGCGCGAUGGGGUGCUCACUGCUGGUCAGUAUGGCGUCCCUCGUCUGCCUCGUCCUCCUCCCGGUCAUCAUCUUCUUUCAGGGGAAACCGUCUAAGGCCAUAGUGGAUUCGCUUGCAGUGUUUGGGGGAACAAAUCAACCAAACAGUGCCACAAAAGCAGACAAAUGGAAUUGCGUCAUCUGUUUGAAGCACAUGCUUGAUUACAUAAAACCGCAGGAGCAAUGCUUGGAGAUUCAUUUCUUCAUCAGCUGCCACAUGCUUUUGGUGGAGGACAUUCACAUUAGCAUGAUCAUGAGGGUCAUGAUCAUGCUCAUGAGCAUGCACAUGCACACUCACUGGAAGAUCUUUCUGUGGGGUUGUCUAUACUAUGUGAGUAUAUCCUACACAUUUGGCAUUGUACUGUUUUUUAUCGUUGAGAAGAUUGUGAGGUAUGUUGAAGACAAUUCUCAAAAUGGGGCUCAUAGCAUGGAUCAUGGGCACCAUCAUCAUAAUCAUAAACGGCAUGAUUCUAGUGAUAAAGCCAAAUUGAAUCACCAAAAGAGUGAUACCGAUGGUAAAGACAUUGAUCACACUGAAGAGGAACCUUUAGUUGAUGGCGCCACUGGAAAAAUAAGUGAUGGGCAGGAAUCAAAAGCUACUAUACGCAAGCAUAACUUCACUGAUGGGAUGGCUCUCGGGAGUGCCUUUCUGUUACAUGGUUCUGUUGGUGGCUGGUCCAGGACUUUAUUUCUGCUUGCACAUGAACUUCCCCAAGAGGUAGGAGAUUUUGGUAUCCUUGUGCGGUCAGGCUUCACGGUAUCUAAGGCCCUAUUCUUCAAUUUUCUCUCUGCGUUGGUUGCUCUUGCUGGAACAGCACUAGCAUUGUCUUUGGGUAAAGAUCCGGGACAUUCCUCCCUGAUUGAGGGUUUCACCGCUGGUGGUUUCAUUUACAUUGCUGUCGCGGGUGUCCUCCCACAGAUGAACGACCAGAAAACAACCCUCAAAAGCUCAGUCGCUCAGCUGAUCUCCCUCGCAAUGGGGAUGCUGAUCGCUCUAGGCAUUUCUCUGGUAGAAUAA